AUGACGGCCGUCGCUCCUCCUGUGCAAUCCUUCCAGAACAUCAACCGGCAGGCAUGGAGCGCUGAGGGAGGCGCCAACGGCGCCAUGUACAUGCCGCGGAAGAGCGCCCAGCGGACAAACUCAUCCUCGUCCCUGUCGUCGCAGGCCUCGUCCACGUCCACCAUAUCGGCCGCCUCCACCCAGUCGCAGCCGCAGCCCAACGGCCUGGCGCUCCCGAACGGCACCGACGGCAGCGCCUGGGCCGCCCGCAAGACAAAAGGGCCCAAGGGCCUCUACCCAGCAACCAAGACCGAGCCUGUCGCAGGCCUCUCCAUUGCCCGCCCGCAGCAAAUCGCCACUGCAGGGCCUGGCGCAUCCGCCGCCUCUGCCAUGAGCGCGCUGCAGGCACCCUCCGCCAUGCUCCCCUCGCAGCAGAAUGCGGUCCUGCCGUCGCAGCAGAAUGGCGUGCAGCGACAGGCAGGGGAGAGCACCGCCAUCCUGCACCUGAUACCCAUGAACGGCACAUUCGAGCGCAAGACCAUCACCGUCCCGUUCUUCCCAGACGUUCUCCGCAUCGGUCGCCAGACCAACAACAAGACAAUACCGACACCACUCAACGGGUACUUUGACUCGAAAGUACUGUCUCGACAGCACGCAGAAGUGUGGGCAGACCGCAAUGGCAAGAUAUGGAUCCGCGACGUCAAGUCGUCCAACGGCACUUUUGUCAACGGACAGCGACUGUCACAAGAGAACCGCGACUCAGAACCUCAUGAGCUUCGAGAACAGGACAUGCUGGAGCUCGGAAUCGACAUUGUCAGCGAGGACCAGAAGACCAUUGUGCACCACAAGGUUGCUGCUCGUGUCGAGCAUGCUGGCAUCUACGCCCGCUCACCCAACGAGGCACUCGACCUUAAUUUUGGCGAACUGGACAGCAAUCAGAUGCAGAACAUGAUGGCAGCAAACGGUCAACAGCAGUUGGCGAACAUGCGUGGCCGCACGCCCAGCCAAGGCUCGAUGAAUGGACAACGCAUGCAAAUGGCUGGCGGUGUGCAGGCGUACCAGAACGCUAUGCAGCAGCCACGCCACCCCAACUUCUGGCUGCAACCAAUCACCAUGGAACAGGUGGUCAAGAAACUAAAUGCGGAGAUGAAGGCUGCCAAGCAGCAGUCACAAGAGCUGCAGCAGGCCCAUCAGUACAUCAAUGCUAUCCUAUCGUCAGAGCCGAAGAAGGAGCCGGCCAAACAGUCUCCCGCCAACUCGGUAAGGAUCUCGCCGAUCAAGGAUAUCAACCUAAAAGCUAGAUUCUCCGACCCUCCAGCUCCUCCACCGCAGCAGCCUUUGCCCGAGAAGCCAAACGCUGCGUCGUCACUCAAGAGGUCAGACACUGAGCGCCCCAAGGCGGCGUCACCUGUAAGGUCAGACGCACAGAUGUCGUCUCUCACUGAAGCUCUGAACAACGCCAAGAAAGAGAUCGAGACUCAAGGUCACAGGCUGCGGGACCUGGAAACGUUACUGAGCGAGGAGCGACGUGCGAGGGAAGCUGCCGAGGAGCGGGCUCACCGCCUUGAGACUGAGUCGAUCAGGGAACUUGAGCAUGAGAGGGAAGUGGAAGAGGAGGCGAAAGAAGAAGCCCCCGUGGUUGAAGAGACGGGCAAUACCGGCCUAGAGAACGGCUCUGCGUCACCCACCGCUGAUGCCACGGCACGCCUGCAACACCGCCUCGAAGCUAUGAUGUUGGAAAUGAGCGAGAUGAAGCAACAGAUGGAGCGAUACCGCGAGCGUGCUGAAGUUGCAGAGUCUGACCGCAAGAGUCUGGCCGAGAUGAUUGAGAACAUCAGAAAAGACAAUGCGAAGUUGAGCAGUGGUGGCAGCAGGAGGCGAAGCCGAAGUGGUGGUGAUGGAGCUAGGGACAUCAGAGGAGGUGGUGUCGAUGGCCCCGAAGACGAAAACGACACCGAGGAGGGCGAGAUCGUCAUCAUCAAGGACCGUGACGUUGAUGAGGUCAGAGCAGGCACACUGUCUCGAAGAGCAAGCCACCAGAAUGGGCAUGCUGUAGACGGCGAGGUCAAGGAGACCUCGAAGCCGUCCAACGCCCUCUCAAUUCAGCGUCACAGCAGCGCUGAUCUGAUGUAUCACGGCGGGCCAGUCGGUGCUAUUGUGACAGUAGUCGCCAUCGGUGUGGCUGUUAUGGCUAUGCUCAACCAGUAUCCAAAGGCCGAGCGCUGA